GUAAUGCAGGUAGUUUACCCAAACAGGUCGUCUUCGAGUGGCGCACUUGACAAUCUAAUUGAAUUCAGUGUUCUGUUCUGUUCGGUUCGUGUCGUACCAUAGGCAAGAGGGUGGUGUGUACCUGCGUGCAAAUCGUUUCGAGUCGCUUGUACGAACGCAAAGUGGAACAUAGGUUUUCUCGGAAGUGGAGAAAUAUUUGCGGAUUUUUUUUUCCGGCGUGUGAGUUUAUCCGGGUGGGAAUAUACCCUUUCGAGUGGUGGGCGGAGAUGGAUCAAGAAGAUAGUUUCGAUUAGAUAUGUGAGAGCUAUUUAACGAAUGCUGUGAAAUCGAGAUAAGUGUUCAAAAUAUUGAGGUCGCAUUUUGUUGUUAAUAAAAGUGACGAAAUCUACAAAUUAACAUGAAGAAUCACGGUAACAACAUGCACUACUUUACGGAGUCAUCCGAUGAUGAUGACGAGGAAACCCUGAUGAUCAAAAAAGUUCAGCAGGACAACAAACUGUGGGACUCCUUCCAGGAUCCGCCGGUGCAGCAGACGUCCGGCUCGGCUGCCAGUCAGGACUAUCUGAGCGUGUUCAUCAAAUGUCUCAAAGUGUUUACGUACAUUUUCGUGUUCCUGGUGACGCUGGCCGCCGCUUGCUUCUCCAAGAUGUCCUUCCUGCUGAUGACGUCCAACGUGAAGGAGGGCGUCAAAAAUAGAUACUGCGACGUGAGACCAAAGGAUGCAGCAAGGAUUUAUGUGCAACAUGACCACAAGAAAGAAAACUUAAGAAUUGCUCGGAUUCAACCCAGCUGAUCGACGCCACGACAGCAACGCUACCAGGAUGUUCUCUUCGCGGACACUUAAUCAUUAAUUGUCGAUUUCGACCGCAGGGCACCGGUAUGACCUACGUAGCCCACUCGGAUCCGAACUCUUGAACCACCUCUUGGAUAGCGUCAUAACUAGCCAUUCUCCGAGUCUAUGCCUCCGUAGCUCCAAGACGAUGUGGGCGAUAGUCGAUGACAAGAUUGUCAUGACAUAUGUACCAUAAUACCGGACCAACACAGAUAAAAAAUGCUACAUUAUAUCACCUGUAACAAAAGGACCCCGUCAUAUCACACACAUUUUUAACCAAUUUUAAAUUAACAGCUUGCUCUCAGUAUGAAGCUUGUGUUCAACAUUCCAUACAAGUAAUUGUUUAUUGUAAAAUUCAGUGAGAUG